AAGAAAGAAAAGGUUCGGAUUGUUUUUCGGGAGAGGUGGAGGGAAGGGGAAGGUUAGCAGUUUGAGUGUUCUUUCUGAAACAUACAUAAGUUUAAACUGUGUGUUUAAGGCAAAAUGUUUGGCUCUUUGUUGGUGUUCAUUUUUUUAAUGUCAAAGUAUUUCCGCUUUCUAUUUAACUCUUGUUAUGCUGCACUUCCCAUAAUAUUACAUUUUACAUAUAGAUACUAUGGAUAACCUUCACUUGAGCAUCAUUGCUAUUGUCCUUUACUUGAAUCUUCCUGGAUCAGUGGGAAUCAAGACACAGCGGAUUCUUCUUGAUACAUAUCGCCAUUCAGACUGCCGGUGGGAUGGAGAGUUCUUACUGAAUUGUUCUUUCACCAGAAUGUCUACUAUUCCAGAAGAUGUACCACAAACAGCAACAACAGCCGAUUUCAGUUACAAUAAUAUUACAACUUUUAUGUGUACCGAGGGAAGAAGUGAAGAAUGGAUGCUAAAAUACCUGAAUCUCAGUAACAACCUGAUUUCUGAACUCUCCUUAACUGCCUUUAGAAAUUUACCCAUUUUAGAAACUCUCAACCUCAAUGACAAUGCCAUCCAUAGUCUCACACUGGACAUUCCUAUGACUCCACAUGGGUUUAAAAAGUAUGGAAAAGGCUGUUGUCUCCUGCCUGCUUUGAAAGUAUUGUCAGCUGAAAGAAAUAAUCUUAACACAGUCCCAAGAGGACUAGGCCUGCUGCAGUCUUUACAAACUGUCCUUUUGUCAUCCAACGGCAUACAACAGAUUGACCUGAAUGAUUUUCAAAACUGCUCACAGCUGAGGGACAUCAACUUGCAAAACAACAAGAUAACUAAAAUUCAUCCAGAUGCCUUCAGGGAUCUCAACAAAUUACAGGUCGUGGAUCUCCGUGAAAAUGCACUGACAACCCCUCUACCGCAGAUACUGAUCAGCCUGAACUUCUUUCAACUUGAAGUGGACUUGUCAAAUAAUGCCUGGAUAUUUAACUGCAGACUACAUGCUUUCAAACAUGUAUUUCAUUUUCUUUUUGACUCCAUGAGGAAAAAAAUGAGUAUUUCAUACAGUAAAUCUGCCAACAACUCACAGAAACCUAUUUUGUAUCUUUCAAGUUUCCCUUUAAACUGCAGCAACAGUGUUUUGCUCAAGAGGGCUGUAAUCCCAGCAGGGAAGACAUUGGUGCUGAACUGUGACUUGGGCAACAUAAGCGGUAAUGAACUCUCUUGGUGGACACCUAAAGGCAGAAUUUCAGACAAUAAUAAUCUUCCUUAUAUGACACUGGAUAAAAUGAAUAAUUUAGUGAUAAACAAUGCUGAGAAAACUGCUGAGGGGUUGUAUUUGUGUAUUCUUAACACAACAAAGAAGAAAUAUCUCAUCUACAAUACACAGGUGAAAGAAAGGGUUUCAACAUUUUUUGUUAGAAAAGCCCGGGACACUAACACUCUUUUUAGGCAAGGAAGAACAGAGCAAGACUUCGUGUUGGCUGUCAGCCUCUCCGUGCUCAUUACAUUUGUUUGUGCUUUUUGUCUGGGUGCUUUUGCUAGACCCUACCUUGUCAGCUUGUGGAGGCACAUGUGCAAGAACACAAAUUCAGCUUCAGAGCAUACUUAUUCUAAUCAAGCCUUUUCAGAUGAAACCUUGAGCAGAGAGCACUCUGCAAGCAAGCCUAUGAACAGGCAGCUUAAUUUGUUCAUUUGUGAUGAGAAUUCUUCAGGAAACACACACAAUUUUCCUACAGAAACUUCUAAUUUCUAUGAAAAUGUCAUUGAUAGCAGUAUCCUUGCACCAAAUACAGAAGAAGAUUACCAGAAACAAAGCAAUAAUGAGAUCAAUGUGAAGAAAAAGCCAGUGUUUUCAGACAUCAAAACUAGUAUCAGCAAUGAUGAAAAUAUAUAUGUUUAUGAUGAACCGCUUUCUAGGUUUAUAAUGGACAAGAACAGCAGUGAAGUGACACCAAGAACAUUAAUAAGUAAUGACAUUUCAUUAUGGGAAGAUUCAAAAUAUGCAAAUAUUGAAGACUCAGAGAAGAGCAAUUUCCCUCACAUAAUGAAGACACUGAAUGCUGACUCUCACUCAAAUUACACUGUCCCUUCAGAUGCACAUUUAUCCUUCACAGGAGAAACUGGCUUUCCAUUUUCUGCAACCCAUACAGAUACACAAGAUUCUAGGAACAGCAAAGUGAGCAACAAGUCUGGUCUGAUGCAGUCUGAAAUCACAAAAGCUACACCACAGUCUCCUGAAAUAAAAGGUAUAAUUUCACAUAAUAAACCCACAAGCAUUGCAAAAUUUAUGCCUGGAAGGCAAAACUCUGAUGAACAACUAGGUCUAAAUGGCAACAUAAAUAUGACCGGUAAUGCAGAUUUUAUUUUACCCAGUAGCUGCAAGAGAGAUACAAAUACUGAUAAUUCGUGUGUCUACCAAACAAUAGAAAUUCCUCCUCUUAGAGAGUACGACUGUAAAACAGAACAUACAAAUGAAAAAUAUGCUUCAGCAGAUAUGUUCGGUGAUAGUUCUUCAGACGAAGGAACACCAUUCACAAUGAGUGACUGUAGUUCUCUAGCAGAUUUUGAACUGGAACAUCCGGGUGUUAGCGACAACCUGCCAGUCUGCCAGUGGUCACUAGAGGAAGCUGCUGAUAUGAACAGUGGAACCGAGAAGUUCUCAACACUGACAGAGUCUCCAAACAUCAAUGCUGAAUUUCAGCAUAUUGAGAAAAAUGAAGAUGAGAACAACAUGUAUUAUGAAACCACCAUUCAUUAUGGAUCAGAUACCAUCCUCCCUGAAACAGCAUCAUCGUACACUGAUAAAUGUAGUAAUCAUGUAAGCAUGGAAGAUUCAGACACAAUUAGCUCUUCACAUCAAGAAGUUCCUGAUACAUUUGAUUAUUUUACUAAUGAAGAGCCAACAGUACAGAACUCUAUUUUUGAUUCUCUCCACAAUCAGAAUACAGCUUUUGGUAAGAUAUUACUUUCAUUAAAACAUUUUCCCAUGUGUGACACAGAUACAGAGAACAUUUCUGAAGAGGCUGAACUGCAGCUGUAUCGGUUUCCCAUUGAACCUCAGUGUCCCCCCACAUUCAGUCCCACUGAACAAAAAGCAAAUGUACCAGAGGGGAGUACAGACAAGCACAAAGACAGGAACUCCUCUGAAAAGAACCAUGGUGAACGGGACAUUACAUUAAGAAGAAACAUGAGUAUAUCUGAAGACAAUGAUUUUGGUUUUGAUCCUAUUGAUACCGGUUUGAAUGAAAUUGUUAAAAGAACAUCACUACUGCAUUCCAGCAAAGAGUCAUCUCUGCAAUCUCUGCCUGAACAGACGACUGAAAAACAUUUCAUGGUUAUGACAGAGAAAGACUUGUUGCUAAAGGGGAAGCCAGGGAAUACAACUAAGGUUUGUGCAGAUAAAAAGCUAAAAGGUUCUAUUGAGGAAGAGACUGAAGGAUGUACAGAAUUGCAGGAUACCGGCAAGUGUAGUCUGCCUGAAGAAAUACAGUCUUGCAAUGCUACGGCAGAUUUGCAGCUUCUUAACUCUUCUGUGAAAACACAAUCAGUCUUCAACACAGAAGACCGUUUCCAACUAGACUGGAGCGAUGAGGAUGCACAUUCUUUCUCAGUCCCCCAAGGCUUCUUCAAUGAAAGCACAAGAUACAAUUCAUGUUCAUUCCCACAAAAGGCUACAGGAAAUAUAAUCUCCAAAAGCGCCAAUUCCAGUGAGGUGGAGGACAACACUACUUUGGCAGGACUGGAGAACUAUUCUACAACAUCUGUCAACCUCCAAAAUUCAAGUGAAAAACUCAGUCAAAAAAGUCAGCCCAAUUCAGGACAGGCACUGUUUUUUGUUAAGAAGAGGAGAGCGUUUGAUGGAUUUGCUGACGUUUUGCAAAGCAGAAGAACAAACUUCAACAGUUGAGACACUUAAGCUCCCACAGUGUUUAUGUCAUAUAGUAAGUGCAAAAAAGUGAUUAUGUCUUAAGAUUAAAUUCUGUGACUUAUUAAUAACUGUUACAUACCAUGGUUGGGUUUUUUCAGGGGUGGGAUUGGCUUUUUUUCCCCUUGGUACAACUAUCUAUCUGCCUUUAACUUAAGAAAUGCAAGUUAUGGAACUAGACUUAACAAUGAGGUGUAUAAAGCCUGGACCCAUCUAAUUUAGAAACACCAUAAUUCCAAAAAGUAAGUCAGGCCAGGAGCCAUGGACUCACGCUUAGAAGGGUACUUGCAAAAAACCAAAACCAGACUUUAUGAAAAGCAACUCUCGGAUACUCAAUACUCAGUAGUUGUAAUUACUAACAGAACUUUUGCUGAGUUAUAAUAAUAAUAUAUAUUUACUUUCUCAUUAUUGCUGGUACUAAGAUAUUAAAUUUCCUUUAGAAUUUGCCUCUGAUAUGCCAUGUUUUAUUUCUCUUUGUAUAAAAUAAAUGAAAAUAUUACACUACUGCUAUUAUUGUGGUUUCCUGUACGACUCACCCUAUACAGUGAAAUAGUACCUAUUACCGUCUUCUGCUUUUUGAACCAAAUUUGUGGAUUAAAAGUCUCUGAAUUCCCACAGUGUCAUGAAGAUGGGUAAAAUCCAAGCAGUAUUUCAAUUACAGUAAAAUACUUUUUAACUCUGCAAGACAGAGAGAGUAAUGAAACCCUUCUUUCUCAAAGAAACGGAAUAGAAUUCAAACCUUGCAGAAAAGUCAGUUAUGGAGAUCUAGUGACUGGUGGGAGAUCACCUGUAGUUUGCAGGUGCAAUGACAUGGGAAAGGUAAUUUAAGAACAGACAACCUACUAUUACUAAUAUAUAAUUUCUUUGUAAAACGGAUGCAGUACCCAUUUAAUUUUACUGAGAGGGGUAAAUCAAGAGCAGCUCAAAACUGCUCUAUUAGAAUAUCAAUAGCUUGAUAUAUAAGCAAAAAGAUACAAAUAAGAAAAUUUUUCACUGAAUAAGGCCCAAGGCCCUUUUAACAUGCACAGUAUCACUGAUGUAGUCCUUGAAGGGGAAUGUCAGCACAAAGGGGAACAGGGCCAGGUUCCCAGAAAAUGCAGGAGGCUGGCCCGCAACUCUGGGAAAACCUUGAUAUGAAGACACAAUUAAUUAACUAAAAACUCUGAACAGAAGGAACACACUUCAAUUCCAUCAGAUGAGGAGUAAGUCCAAUGGCACAGUACAUCUUUGUACUUAUGAUUAAAGAGAAAGCUAGGAAAGAACAAAGAGCUGCUGACAGAAGCUAAUAAUUUUUGGUUGCUUCAUAUACUUGAAACUAAAAAAAGGAUAUUGCAAGGAAUUUAAGAGGCAACUAAAAGCAACUGAAAGACCAAUGCUGAUAUAAUUUGAUCUUCUCAAAAGUAUUUUCUUUAGCACUGUGAGUUCUUUUUAAAUAAUCAUUCUACACAUCUAGCAUCACAAUUGUCAGCUAGAUAUUUACUGACCCAAAUCACCAAUGCUUACAUCUCCCAUUGGUUUCUUUUGGUUUUCUUCCUGCUGAUUGUCUCAAAAUCCCUAAUAUAACUCAGAAUAGAUUAUAUAGCUGUUUCAGGUAGGUGUUGCAUAGAUUUGAUUUAGGCCACCACAGUCUUUGCAAAUAACUGCACUCAAUAACAUAUGUAGUACAAUUGCAAGCAAUUAAUCUGCUGUCAUUUCCCUUCUUUUUGCUCCAGUACUCAGUGAUACCUAAACUGAUAACUAAUAAGUUUGUUUUAAGAGAGGGUACUGGUUCUUUAGCACAUGCUUUUAUAAAUCACAGAAGGUUUGAGGUUGGAAGGCAACUCUGGAGUCCUUCUGCCACAGCUGCUCAAGCAGGUCCACCUAGACCUGGCUGCCCAGGACUGUGUCCAGACCACUUUUGAGUAUUUCCAAGGAUGAAGACUGCAAACUCUCUGGGCAACCUAGGUCAACUCUCAAAGUAACCCUCAAGUAGAAAAAAAAGGCUUCCUGAGGUUCAGAUGGAGCCUCCUGUAUUUCAGUUUGCACCCACUGCCUCUGUCCUGUGACUGGACACCGCUCAAGAGUCUGGCUCUGUCUUCUUUACACCCUUCCUUCAUAUAUUUAUACGCACAAGUAACAUCUUCUUCAUAGGAGAGAUGCUCCAGUCCCUUCAUCAUCUUCAUGGCCCUUUGCUGGACUCUCUCCAGUACAUUGGGGUGUCUUUGGUACUGGAGAGCCCAGACACAUAACUCCGGAUGUGGCCUCACCCAUGCUGAGGACCACCUCUCUCAAACUGCUGGCAAUACUUGCUCUAGCACAGAGCAGGAUACCGUUUGCCUUCUUUGCAAAUUGCUGGCUCAUCUUUAACAUGGUGUCAACCAGGAGCCACAGUCCCCUUCCUGCCAGGCUGCUUUCCAGCUGUGUGUCCCUCAGGAUAUAUCAGUGCGUGACUUUGCACUUCUUCUUGUUGAAGUUCAUGAGGUACCUCUUGGCCCAUUCCUCCCUCCCACCGAGGCCGCUCUGAAUGGCAGCACAGCACUCUGGCAUACCAGCCACUCCUCCCAGCUUGCUGUCGUCACCAAACUUGCUGAGGGUACACUGUCCUGCACCAUCCAGGUCAUUGCUGAAGAUGC